GGGAGACCAGAUAUAGUGAAUGCAGAGUCUGGGGAGACCAGAUAUAGUGAAUGCAAGGUCCAGGGAGAGCAGAUAUAGUGAAUGCAGGGUCCGGGGAGAGUGUAUAUAGUGAAUGCAGGGUCCGGGGAGAGCGGAUAUAGUGAAUGCGGGGUCCGGGGAGAGCGGAUAUAGUGAAUGCAGGGUCCGGGGAGAGUGGAUAUAGUGAAUGCAGGGUCCAGGGAGAGCGGAUAUAGUGAAUGCAGGGGUCCGGGGAGAGCGGAUAUAGUGAAUGAAGGGUCCGGGGAGAGCGGAUAUAGUGAAUGCAGGGUCCGGGGAGACCGGAUAUAGUGAAUGCGGGGUCCGGGAAGAGCGGAUAUAGUGAAUGAAGGGUCCGGGGAAA